AUCUAAAAGAGUGAAAAAGAGGAAGAAUUGAGAAAAUUCAAUCAAGUUUGUGUUUAUGGCAAGAAUCAUGAAGAAUCGGAAUUAGUGUUUCUCCCCCCAAAAAUCGGUUGAAUUUAUUUAUUUGUGAGAGAAUCAGGAAAGAAAUUAGCUUCGAUUGUUUUUCUUUUAUGUAAUUAGUGACUUUUCCAGCUGGAAAUACCUUUUGAUCAUGUCUCGGAUGUUUCGUAACUCUUUGCCUUUAUUUUCCUCUGUUAAACAGAGAAAUUUAUUAUUCGCAACCCUACAAAGAGGAAGGGCUUCGAGUUCAGAAUUUCUGAAGAAAAGCAAAGUACCGACUUACCAUUUUCAAAAGAGUCUCCCCAGACUUCCAAUACCUAAACUAGAAGACACAUGUAGAAAUUAUCUGCUGACCCAGAAGGCCUUACUCAACGAAACACAAUAUCAGUCAACGGAGAAAAUUGUCAAAGAAUUUGAACAAAACGAAGGCAAAACCCUUCAUGAUGAACUUGUUGCUCUGGAUAAAGCGAACAAACAUACCAGUUACAUUUCUGCUCCUUGGUUUGAUAUGUAUUUGAAAGAUCGACGUCCAGUUGUACUGAAUCACACCCCGUUCACGACAGUCAUUGAUGACCCACGGCCGGAAUACAACACCCAGUUGAUUCGUGCGACAAACAUAAUUUUUUCAAGUCUUCGUUUCAUGAAAUCUUUGGAGGAAGAAACCCUAGAACCAGAAGUUUUCCAUUUGAAUCCGAAAAAGAGUGACACGGAGAUGUUUCGAAAAGUUGUCAGGUGGCUUCCAGAGGCUGUGUCAUGGUACGGGGCUUUCAUGUACAAAGCUUAUCCUUUGGACAUGAGUCAAUACAAAAGACUGUUCAAGUCGACCAGAAUUCCCAAGAAAAGUAGAGACGAACUCCAUUCGAACCCUUCCAGUCGUCAUUUACUCGUAUUACACAAGGGUCACCUGUACUCGUUUGAUGUCUUAAACUCAGAUGGCAGCAUCAAACCAGCUGAGGAAAUCCUUGCUCAUCUAAAAUACAUCUGCAAUAAUCCUCGCCCUGUUGCAGAUUACCCGGUCGCUCAGAUGACAACCGAGAACAGAGAUGUUUGGGCUGAUGUUCGACAGCAUUUUAUAGAAACAGGGAAUGAAGAAAUCCUGAGAGAAGUCGACGGAGCUUUGUUUGCUUUGUCAUUGGACCAUCAUUCACCGUCAACAUCAGACGAAAUACUGGAAACUUAUCUGCAUGGAGAUGGCUCCAACAGGUGGUUCGAUAAAUCCAUCAACCCAGUCGUGUCCAGUGAUGGUAGAGCAGCUGUCACCUUUGAACACUCCUGGGGUGAUGGUGUGGCUGUCCUGCGUUACAUCAACGAUGUCAUGAAAGACACCAUUGACCGACCGGUUGUUGGGCCUGACACAAUGCCAUCAUCAGCAACAGAUUCUUCAAAACUUGUGAAACACUUAGAUUUCCAAUUAGACGCCAAACUCAAAGCCAAAAUUACAAAUGCCAAAGAACAGUUCCAGGAAGCCCAUCGACGUUUACAGAAGAAUGUCAUUGAUUAUAAAAAGUUUAACAAAAGUUUUAUAAAAUCAAAGAAUCUGAGCCCUGAUUCAGUGAUGCAGUUGGUGAUUCAGAUGGCUUUCUACAAAAUGACGUCCGGUGAAUUUGCUGCAUCUUAUGAAUCCUGUAGCACCGCAGCUUUUAAACAUGGACGGACAGAGACGAUUCGACCGAACACUUUAGCCACUAAGAAAGCUUGUGAAAUGAUCUUUGGACCUAAAUCGACUGCAACUCUUGCAGAAAUGCAAGCAGUUCUGGAUGAAUGUAGUAAAGUCCAUAUGAACCUCACAAAAUCUGCAGCAAUGGGGAAAGGAUUUGACAGACAUUUAUUCGGAAUGAGGACUCUGGCUGAAAAGGCAAACGCUCAAACGCCAGCUUUAUUCGCGGACCCCAAUUAUAAACAUAUUAACCACAUCGUCCUUUCGACGUCCACACUAUCCAGCCCCAUGAUACAGUUUGGUGGUUUCGGUCCAGUGGUGCCUAAUGGCUUUGGAAUUGGUUACCAAAUUGGAGACGAAGCAACUGGUUACAUUGUCACUUCUUAUAAUCCACACAGAAGCGGAUCUGAUUUCGUCGUAGCGUUAGAAGAAAGCCUUAAUGCAAUUUAUAAUAUCCUGGAAGGCAGGUCACCUCAUUAAUGUUGUCUUAAUUAAGGAAGAACUAUUCAUUUACAGUCUCAGUACAGCUGCCAUUUUUUACAAGAAAAAAAAAAAAUCAUUAAAAAUGCCAGUAAUUCCAUCAGGGAUGCUAAUCAUUGUGUAGGAUAAUCCAAUUAAUUACUAUCAACGAAGAGAUUAUCUUCAAUUUAUUUCCAAAGAUGAAACAAUAACAAAAUUAAUAAAAGAUUUUAUUUUUGUCAGA